UCACAGAGAGAGAGAGAGAGGGAGGGCUGGGAAGAGGCUUCAGCCAUAUUCUACACACUGCCGCUACCGGGCAAGUUGGAGCCGUUCAAAGGAAGAUAAAUAUCGUGAUCUUCAGAGGCCGGAAGGGGAGACCUAGAAUUCAUCCGCUUGCAAAGAUGUAUUCCGUUUUACGGUCAUGGGGAUAUCAUAGUUUGCAUUCUUAAAGCACUGCGGAUGGAAGGCGUGUGUUAGCUGAGCCUCGCUCGACGGGAAAAAAAACAACCUGAGACAUCCCCUCACCCCCCCCCGCCCCUUCCGAGUGGAAAGUAGAGAUUUGUUCAGGAUUAGAUCAAAUGGGACAAGCUGGGCCCGGAAUCCGAACGUAGAAGGACAUGGUGGCGACGGGAGCAGCCCAGGCCGGGGGAGAAGACCGCAGAAUCCCGUUUUAACAAAAUGUCGGGUUUAUUCUAGCUGAGGGAGUCUGGGAAUCGGCAGUGCACCUCGGCCAGAUAAAUCCUCUGCUUUUCGCUUGCAGAGGAGGCGGCAGCAGGGUCAUCCCCAUCCCCCGGCGCGCUUCCCGGUGGAAAUUUGUCGGGGGGGGUGCCCGAUUUUCUUGGAAAGGAGCGGAGGAGAGAGAAGGAGAAGGAGGAGGUGGGGAGGGAGAGAGGGGGGUUGCGCAGGCUGUUAUACCACCGCGGCGUUAGAAAAUGUCAGCGAAGGUGAGGCUGAAGAAGUUGGAGCAGCUGCUCCUGGACGGGCAUCAGAAGAACGACAGCGCCCUGAGCGUGGAGACCCUGCUGGACCUGCUGAUCUGCCUGCACAACGAGUGCAGCAGCUCGCCCCUGCGCCGCGAGAAGAACGUGUCCGAGUUUCUGGAAUGGGUGAAGCCGUUCACCACCGUCGUGAAGGAGAUGCGGCUGCACAGGGACGACUUCGAGAUGCUGAAGGUGAUCGGGCGAGGGGCCUUCGGCGAGGUGGCGGUGGUGAAGAUGAAGCACACGGAGCGGGUGUACGCCAUGAAGAUCCUGAACAAGUGGGAGAUGCUGAAGCGCGCGGAAACCGCCUGCUUUCGGGAAGAGAGGAAUGUUUUAGUGAAUGGAGACUGCCAGUGGAUUACAACGCUGCACUACGCCUUCCAGGAUGACAACUACUUGUAUCUCGUUAUGGACUACUACGUUGGAGGGGACCUAUUGACGUUACUCAGUAAGUUCGAAGACAGGCUUCCAGAAGAUAUGGCCAAGUUUUACCUGGCAGAGAUGGUCCUGGCUAUCCAUUCCAUUCACCAGCAGCAUUACGUCCACAGAGACAUAAAGCCAGACAACGUGUUACUGGAUAUGAACGGCCACAUUCGCCUGGCUGACUUUGGGUCUUGUUUGAAGAUGAUGGAAGAUGGGACUGUGCAGUCGUCGGUGGCGGUGGGCACCCCGGACUACAUCUCGCCCGAGAUCCUGCAGGCCAUGGAGGACGGCAUGGGCAAGUAUGGCCCGGAGUGCGACUGGUGGUCCUUGGGGGUCUGCAUGUACGAGAUGCUGUACGGGGAGACGCCCUUCUACGCCGAGUCUCUGGUGGAAACCUACGGCAAGAUCAUGAAUCACGAAGAGCGGUUCCAGUUCCCGUCUCACAUAACGGACGUGUCGGAGGACGCCAAGGACCUGAUCCAGCGCCUCAUCUGCAGCCGGGAGCGCCGGCUGGGCCAGAACGGCAUCGAGGAUUUCAAGAAGCACCCCUUCUUCAGCGGGAUCGAGUGGGACAACAUCCGCAGCACCGAGGCCCCCUACAUCCCUGACGUCAGCAGCCCCUCGGACACCUCCAACUUCGACGUGGACGACGACGUUCUGAAGAACCCGGACAUCGUGCCUCCAGUGUCCCACACCGGAUUCUCGGGGCUCCACCUGCCCUUCGUCGGCUUCACCUACACCACGGACAGCUGUUUCUCAGACCGCGGCUCUCUGAAGAGGGUGCUCCUCUCGGGCGGCCUGGACUCGGACGUUCAGCGGGACGUGGAGAACAGCCUGCAGGUGGAGGCCUACGAGAGGAGGAUCAAGAGGCUGGAGCAGGAGAAGCUGGAGCUCAGCCGCAAGCUGCAAGAAUCCACACAGGCGGUCCAGACCCUGCACGGCUCAGGGCGGGGAUUGGGAACAGCCAACCGGGACAAGGAGAUAAAGAAACUCAACGAGGAAAUUGAGCGGCUUAAGAAAAAAUUAGCAGACUCGGACAGGCUGGAGCACCAGCUGGAGGAGGCCGUGACUCUGCGGCAGGAAUACGAGACCUCGUCCACUAAGCUGAAGGCGCUCGAGAAGCAGGUCAGGGCACUCCGGCAGGAGAAAGAAGAAAUCCACAAGCAACUGGUGGAGUCUCUGGAGCGGCAGAAGUCGCAGACCAAGGAGCUGAAGGACGCGCACCAGCAGCGCAAGCUGGCCAUGCAGGAGUUCUCGGAGCUCAACGAGAGGAUGGCGGAGCUGCGCUCGCAGAAGCAGAAGCUGUCCCGCCAGCUCCGCGACAAGGAGGAGGAGAUGGAGGUGGUCAUGCAGAAAAUCGAAUCCAUGCGCCAGGAGAUCCGCAAAACGGAGAAGGCCCGCAAGGAGGUAACGCCGAAGAGCUCGUCGCGCUGGGUUGUCAGCUUACAGGUCAUGUCAGCACCCGAAAGGUUGACAUCGCUCUGCACCUUCGUGGACAAGCUGACGGCGCAGAACAGGCAGCUGGAGGACGAGCUGCAGGACCUGGCGGCCAAGAAGGAGAGCGUGGCUCACUGGGAGGCGCAGAUCGCGGAGAUCAUCCAGUGGGUCAGCGACGAGAAGGACGCCAGGGGUUACCUGCAGGCGCUGGCCUCCAAGAUGACGGAGGAACUGGAGUCGCUCCGGAACUCCAGCCUGGGAUCUCGACCCCUGGACCCCCUGUGGAAGGUGCGGCGAAGCCAGAAGCUGGACAUGUCCGCGAGGCUGGAGCUGCAGUCGGCCCUGGACGCCGAGAUCCGGGCCAAACAGCUGGUCCAGGAGGAGCUGCGCAAAGUGAAGGCGGCCAACAUCUCCCUGGAGAGCAAACUGAAGGAGUCCGAGGUCAAGAAUCGCGAGAUGGCGGAGCAGGUAGAUAACAUGAAGAGAGACCUGGAAGAGAGCAGGUCGCGCUCGGACAAAGGCUUAAAACUUCCUGACUUCCAGGAAUCUAUUUUUGAAUACUUCAACACCUCACCAUUUGCCCAGGACUUAACAUUUAGAGACUCUGUCUCUUCCUCGUCUGCGUCCUCUCUGCUAGCGUUUUGGGAUGAAACCAGCUCUGUCGGUGAGCUCGACACCACGCUCCAGAAAGCCGAUGCCUCCUCUUCGCCUGCUCUGGCGGCAGAACAAGAUGAGCCAGCGAAGCCCCAGCCGGCUGCUCCAGCUGCUACUUCUCCGGCGUACCAGUCAUCACACCUGACGGCACCCAAGCCUAAGGCUCAUCAGCUCAGCAUCAAAACCUUCUCCAGCCCCGCGCAGUGCACGCACUGCACCUCCCUGAUGGUCGGACUGAUCCGCCAGGGCUACGCCUGUGAGGUCUGCUCCUUCAUCUGCCACGUGACCUGCAAGGACCACGCCCCCCAGGUGUGCCCCAUCCCCCCGGAGCAGGCCAAGAGACCGCUGGGCAUCGAUGUGCAGAGGGGCAUCGGCACGGCGUACAAAGGCUUUGUCAGGAUCCCCAAGCCAACAGGCGUGAAGAAAGGCUGGCAGCGGGCAUACGCCGUGGUCUGUGACUGCAAGCUGUUCCUGUACGACGUGCCCGAGGGGAAGUCCACGCAGCCGGGCGUGGUCGCUAGCCAAGUGCUCGAUCUGAGAGAUGAAGAGUUUUCUGUGAGCUCUGUCCUGGCCUCUGACGUGAUUCAUGCAACCCGGAAGGAUGUACCCUGCAUCUUUAGGGUCACCUCCUCCCUGCUGAGCUCCCCGCCUCGCACCUGCUCCCUCCUGAUCCUGGCCGAGAGCGAGACGGAGAAGAGGAAGUGGGUCGGCAUCCUGGAGGGUCUCCAGAGCAUCCUGAACAAGAACAGGCUGAAGAACCGGGUGGUGCACGUGCUGCAGGAGGCCUACGACAGCACGCUGCCCGCCAUCAAGUCCACCCUGUCUGCUGCUAUCAUAGACCGCGAGCGCAUUGCACUGGGCACGGAGGAGGGGCUGUACGUGGUGGAAGUCACUCGAGAUGUGAUUGUGCGGGCCGCAGACUGCAAGAAGGUGCAUCAGAUCGAGCUCAUCCCCAAAGAGAAGAUCGUGGUGCUGCUCUGCGGGCGCAACCGGCACGUGCAUCUGCACCCCUGGGCUGCGCUGGACGGAGCCGAGACCAACUUCGACAUCAAGCUGCCCGAGACCAAGGGCUGCCAGGCGCUGACCACGGGCAUCCUGCGCCAGGGCGGCCCCCCCUGCCUGCUGGUGGCGGUGAAGCGCCAGGUGUUGUGCUACGAGAUCUACAGGACCAAGCCCUACCACAAGAGGGUGUGGGAGGUGCAGGCUCCCGGCGUGGUGCAGUGGCUCGGCCAGCUCUGGGAGCGGCUGUGUGUGGGCUACCCCUCCGGUUUCUCCUUGCUCAGCGUGCAGGGGGAGGCGCCCCCCGUCGGCCUGGUCAGCCCCUCCGACCCCUCGCUGUCCUUCCUCAGCCAGCAGCCGCUGGACGCCCUGCACGCCCUGGAGGUCGGCUCGGGCGAGGCCCUCCUGUGCUUCAGCCAGCUGGGCGUGUACGUGGACACGCAGGGCCGCCGGUCGCGGACGCAGGAGCUCAUGUGGCCGGCCACUCCCCUGGCAUGCAGCUCCAGUUCCUCUUACCUGACCGUGUACAGCGACUAUGGGAUUGACGUCUUUGAUGUGAACACUCUGGAGUGGGUCCAGACGGUUUCUUUACGAAAGAUCCGGCCGUUAAACGUGGAGGGAACCCUGAACCUUCUGGGCUCGGAGCAGCCGAGACUCAUCUUUUUCAGCAACAGCUCCUCCUCAGAGGUGGCUGACCUGGCCAUCCCCGAAACCUCGGACAACAGCAGGAAGCUGAUGGUGCGCACGCGGAGCAAGAGGAAGUUCCUGUUCAAGGUGCCGGAGGAGGAGCGGCUUCAGCAGCGACGUGAGAUGCUGAGAGACCCUGAGCUGAGGUCAAAGAUGAUCUCCAACCCCACCAAUUUCAAUCACGUCGCUCACAUGGGCCCUGGGGAUGGCAUGCAAGUCCUCAUGGACCUCCCCCUGCAGAGUGAAUUUCCCUCCCCCUCAUCCUCUCGACACCAUGCUUUGAUAUCUCCUCCAACCAACUUUGAGCACGUCUAUCACAUGAGCCCUAUUUCUGCCGAAAUCUAUCUCCAGAAAGAGCCUUCCUCACUGCAAGGCCUGCCUCUGCUCUCCUCUUCUUCCUCCUCUCCUUCCACUACCUCCUUAGGAAGGAGCGUUCUUCCAUCAUCCCAGGAUGACCCAGCCCGGGACCGAGCGCGCCCCGUCUCCAGUAUCUCACGGCAGCAGAGGAGCAAGACGUACAUCACGCGGACCGCCUCAGGAGGCGGGGACUUUGGUGGGGCAGUAUCAUCCCGGAACAUCUCCGACCCCGACCCAGACUUUGAGAGAGAGCCUGACUCGGACUCCACCAAGCACUCGACCCCCUCGAACAGCUCGAACCCCAGCAGCCCCCCGAGCCCCAACUCCCCCCACCGCAGCCAGCUGACCCUGGACGGCCUGGACCACUCCACCUUCGACGCCUGAGCCCGCAGCCGGCCGCGGAGGGGACACGCGCACGCGCGCGCGACUGGAGCUUCACGCCGCUGCAGAAAGUGCCAAGAAUAGAUCCGCUCCCGCCCGGCCCUCGCUCCUUCGCUUCCUCGGCCGCCUGGGAGCCGCGCCGCCCCGCGAGAGGGCGCCCACGCCCCCUCCUCGUGCAAACCCCGCCCGCUUGCAGGCCGGGCUCCCCGCCGUGGCUUCGUCUCUGGACAGUCCGUGGAUCCCUGGUGUAGAAUAGGCUCCAGGAUGUGGACCGAAUCGUGGGUCUGUCUUCUAAAAAUCAUUGUGAAGCAUUUCUUUGUGUUGUUUUGUUCGUUUUAUUUCUAGCUGUGAAGAAGCUGCCAGUAAGUUUAGGUUCUAGGGGUUGGGGGGGGGGCUGGGCAGUGAGGCAGAGUGAGGAACCCACUCCAGCUGGUGGUCUCUCUCCUUGCCUGAGGCCAGGCUGACGGAGCUGUGUUCUCUGGAGCGGGGCAGGAGCGGGUAUUUUAAACUACAGGGUCAGAACCAAGUCUGUUGGGGUUAGAUAGGAGUGGAGAGUGUGACGCAGGUGGUCCUCUAAAUGGCCUGCGCGUGCCGAUCUGUUUUGUUUCUUAAGAACUUCACUAAGCAAGUUGUCUGGACUGCUGCUACGUCAGUGACAGCCGCUGAAGUGAUGGGGACCUUCGGCUCUUGGCAAAGAGGGAUAUUAAGAAUAAUGGCACGCCCUCAUUACAGUUCUUUUUUUUUCCCUCUGAAAAGCCGUUUUUUUAUUGUAUAGCGAACGUAUCAAGGUGUAAACAAAAGAUCAUGAAGAAUGCAAGGAAUGUUAAUUUUUUUUUUGUUCUGAAAACUUGUUAAAGUAUUGGGCACCACAGGAGGACUGAAUCUUGGCAGUAAGAGAUGCCUCUCUCCCCCCCCACACAAAGAGCUCUGAUCUGUCCUUCCUCCUUUCUUCUAGAAUGACUUCAGCUCUCCCGAUCUUUGCACUGUCUCCUUAAAAAAAAAAAAACUAGAUGCCAUUGUUGACUAUUCAGGGUUUAUGCAAUACCAGUAGGCACUAAUGUGAACAUUUCAGAGAGUAUUACGUUAAUCUUCUAAAUGUAGGUCUUUGCAAUAAUCUGCCAUGUAUAGAUGAAAACACUGCGAACUGAAAAAAGAAAUAAUUGCCCGACUUCUAGUAGUUAUUAUAAACACUUCCUAAAUAAAAAUAUACUUCACACGA